UUGUUUUUUUAAAAUAAAUUUAAAAUAAAAGUUCGUUUGUACAAGCAUGUGUAAGCGUGUCAAACAUAAAUUUAAUAAAAAUUUAUAUGUUUGGCGAAUCAAUCUUUGAAAGCCAAGGAGAAAAUGAUCAUCAGAUAUUGAUCCCAAGGAAGUUAUAUAGUAUAAAAGACAACGUAUCAACAACCUCAACCCCUUCACAAGAUAAGGAGAAUGUACCAACUCAAGAAUUAAAUACGAUGGCCAUUCUAAACGAAAUUCUGGGAAAGCAGAGGGAAAUAUUGGAUAAGAUACAUACUUUAGAAUCAAAUCAACAGAUAUUAUUCGAUACAUUAGGUUCACUAAAUAAUGGACAAGUGUUGAUAACAGGGAAUCAGAAACAAAUUACGGACAAAUUGGAAACAGUGGAACAAAAAUCUAUAGAUAGAUCGGAAAUGCUAGCACAGAGUUCCCUGAUUAGGGAAUGUAAGGUGCAUUUAAAAAAAAUUGAGCGAUCGGUGUGCCUCAUGACCGGAGAGGAAAAAGACGAGGCUCUCGACCAGGUAGCAAGCCUUUUACCUAUUCAAAACUUUGAGGGAUGUUUGGAAGUGGAAGAAAUGUUAGAGGAACCUGAGUUCGCACAAUCUAUGAUCAGUUAUGUCCACAAACUUAAAGGGACAUCGGACAAUAUUGAAAACUCUUUCAAAUAUAUCUUUGCAGACAGCCUACUAGAGUAUUUCAAUUUUGAUGGAAGAGGAGAAAAACAAGCAUUAUGUAAGCUAAAAAUCUUCGAAGAAGUUUUAAGAGUCGUUUACCAGCCACAAGGAUCUUUCAAUUUGGAAAAGAGUAUACGGAGGUCUAUUGAACGUGGUCACCACCGAAAUAACCAAAAAAAAUAUAUUAAUAGGAAAAGAAACAAUUAAUAUAAUUUUUCAA